AUGAAUGGAGAAUUAUUUUCGCCGUCGUUAUGGUUCGACGAGAAUCCCAAGUACACGAAGGAAAAUGCACCCGAUGCAAUCUUUUUAAUGAUGGGAAGAGCGGACUCCGGAUUGGUAAAGCUCUUGGAAAAGGCCAAACAAACGUCCGACCUGGAAAUUAAGAAAAGCGGAAUGAUAGAUAUGCCCGGCUCCAAUCCUCCAUUUUGUCAUUACGUUAAGAGGGGCUCCACCGAAUUACGCAUCACUUUCACCGUUUUUACAGGCUAUCAGCUGCAAUCGGUAGCAACUGUCAUGAAAAGACUGCACCCAAGGGUUCCAUAUAUAGUGGUAAUAACAAAUCGCGAUAAAUUGCCCGAGUUCAAUGAUACACUGGUGCACAAAUAUCUUGACCUCGAAUCCUUAGCCUGUCCUUCGAUAGAGAUCGUGGACGUUGACAUGGAUCACAUGGACGAU